AUGCCCUCGAGCGCAAGGGCGGGCAAUCUGAAGGACCCGGACGUGGCGGACCUCUUCUGCAGGGACGACCCCGAGAAGCUCUUCGCGGACCUCAGGGAGAUUGGUCAUGGAAGCUUUGGAGCUGUCUACUUUGCCCGAGAUGUGCGCAACAAUGAGGUGGUGGCCAUCAAGAAAAUGUCCUACAGCGGCAAGCAAACAAACGAGAAGUGGCAGGACAUCAUCAAAGAGGUGAAGUUCUUGCAGAAACUCCGCCAUCCCAACACCAUUGAGUAUCGUGGAUGUUACUUGAAGGAGCACACAGCAUGGCUGGUGAUGGAGUACUGUCUGGGUUCAGCCUCCGACCUCCUUGAAGUUCACAAGAAGCCUCUACAGGAGGUUGAGAUUGCUGCUAUUACCCAUGGUGCACUGCAGGGGCUGGCCUACCUUCACUCUCACAACAUGAUCCACAGGGAUGUGAAAGCGGGUAACAUCCUGCUGACGGAGCCCGGUCAAGUCAAGCUUGGCGACUUUGGCUCUGCUUCCAUUGUGGCCCCGGCCAACUCCUUUGUGGGGACGCCCUACUGGAUGGCUCCUGAGGUCAUCCUGGCUAUGGACGAGGGACAGUACGAUGGAAAAGUGGAUGUCUGGUCGCUGGGCAUCACCUGCAUCGAGCUGGCGGAGAGGAAGCCCCCACUGUUCAACAUGAACGCCAUGAGUGCCUUAUACCACAUCGCUCAGAAUGAAAGCCCUGUCCUGCAGUCCAAUCACUGGUCCGAUUCCUUCCGCAACUUUGUGGACUCCUGUCUGCAGAAGAUUCCCCAGGACCGACCUACAUCUGAUGUGCUGCUUAAUCACCGGUUCCUGUGCCGCGAACGUCCGUUGACGGUGGUCAUGGAUCUGAUAGCCCGCACCAAGGAUGCCGUGCGCGAAUUGGACAACCUGCAGUACCGUAAGAUGAAGAAGAUCCUCUUCCAGGAGACUCAGCCGAACGGCCCCGUGUCAGAGGGAGGAGAGGAUGAGGAGGAGGCGGAGCAGUACCUCUUGCGCACAGGCACGGUGAACAGCACAGAGAGCUCGCAGUCAGUGCCCAGCAUGUCCAUCUCGGCCAGCUCCCAGAGCAGCUCCGUCAACAGCCUGGCCGACGACGCCUCUGACGACAGCAGCGGCGAGAUGGCCAUGAUGCAGGAGGGAGAGCACACCGUCACCUCCAACAGCUCCAUUGUACACCGACGUGCUGCUCAGGACAACAUCUAUGACGAUCCUUACCAACCGGAGCUUGAUCAACCCCAGGCUCCCUCAGCGGGCCGCCGCAGAGCCUAUUACCGCAACCGAGACCACUUCGCCACCAUCAGAACCGCGUCUUUGGUGACCCGUCAAAUCCAGGAGCAUGAGCAGGGCUCGGCGCUGCGCGAGCAGAUGUCGGGGUACAAGCGGAUGCGGCGACAGCACCAGAAGCAGCUGAUGGGCCUGGAGAACAAGCUUAAGGCCGAGAUGGACGAGCAUCAGCUCAAGCUAGACAAGGAACUGGAGAACCAGAGGCACGGUUUCUCCUCGGAAGCAGACAAGCUGCUCAAGAAGCAUCAGGCCAUCCUGGAGAAAGAGACCAAAGCUGCUCUGGCGGAAGAGAAGAAGUUCCAGCAGCACAUUCUGGGCCAGCAGAAGAAAGAACUAACCAGUUUACUGGAGUCCCAGAAGCGUCAGUACCGCCAACGCAAGGACCAGCUGAAAGAGGAGCUUAACGAGAACCAAUCCACUCCCAAGCGAGAGAAGCAGGAGUGGCUGAUCCGGCAGAAGGAGUGUCUGCAGCAGAUGCAGGCGGAGGAGGAGGCCGGUUUGCUGAGGAGGCAGCGGCAGUACUAUGAGCUGCAGUGUCGUCAGUACAAGAGGAAAAUGCUGUUGGCGAGACACAACCUGGAACAGGAUCUCCUCCGAGAGGACCUGAAUAAGAAACAGACACAGAAGGAUCUGGAGUGCGCCAUGCUGCUGCGCCACCACGAGUCCACUCAGGAGCUGGAGUUCAGGCAGUUGGGCUCGGUGCAACGGACCCGCGCCGAGCUAAUCCGAACGCAGCAUCAGACUGAGCUGACCAACCAGAUGGAGUACAACAAGCGACGAGAGCAAGAGCUGCGCCAGAAACACACCGCUGAGGUGCGGCAGCAGCCUAAAAGCCUCAAGACCAAAGAGCUACAGAUCAAGCGUCAGUUCCAGGAGACCUGCAAGAUCCAGACGCGUCAGUACAAAGCCUUACGCAACCACCUCCUGGAGAGCACACCCAAGUCAGACCAUAAGGCCGUGCUCAAACGCGUCAAGGAGGAACAGACACGCAAACUGGCCAUCUUGGCAGAGCAGUACGACCGCUCCGUCAAUGACAUGUUGUCCACGCAGGCUCUGCGAUUGGAUGAGACCCAAGAGGCAGAAUACCAGGUGCUACGUAUGCAACUGCAACAGGAACUGGAGCUGCUCAACGCCUAUCAGAGCAAAAUCAAGAUGCACACUGACACACAGCACGAGCGCGAGAUCAAAGAGCUGGAGCAGAGAGUGUCCAUACGCCGCGCCCUCCUCGAGCAACGGAUCGAAGAGGAAAUGCUCUCCCUGCAGAACGAGCGCUCGGAGCGUAUCCGGACGUUGUUGGAGAGGCAGGCUCACGAGAUCGAGGCCUUCGACUCGGAAAGCAUGCGUCUGGGCUUCAGCAACAUGGCGCUAAGCGGCAUUCCUGCCGAAGCAUACAACCAGGGGUACCCCGCCCCCAACCCCUCCUCGGGCUCGGGAGCGUGGCCCUCGCGCCCUGUCCCGCGCUCGGGCAGCCACUGGAGCCACAGCGUGCAGAACUCUGUGUCCACACCGUCAUGGCGCGGCCAGAACCAUGGCGGCGGAGGCUUCGUCAGAACCGACUCGGUGGUGUCGGCGCAUGGCUUCGGCAGGGACGGUGACACAGUGAAGGGCGGUAGGGCGUCCUCUUCAUCCUCCGCGUCAUCCUCGUCCUCGCACCACCAUCAACGCAGCCAUCACCAGCAACAACCGCCACAGACGCAGUCUCACUACCUCCCCCAGCACUACCAGCACCACCAGAGUACGCCUCACCUCUACCGUGACGAGAGGGAACGCGCCAGGGAGUGGGCAGGUGGCGGCAGCCACUAUUCCCAUCACUCCCAGGGCGGCGGCCAAUACCACCACCUAUCUUCCCACGCCUCCGCCCAGUCUCUGGCCCUGCUGCCGCCCCCUCCCGUGCCUCCACCUGCCUCCCGCUCCUCUUCGCCCCCGUCCUCAGCCUCGUCCUCCUCCUCGUCCCAAGCGGGCUACGGCGGCGGCCUCGGAGUGCGGGGCCCCGGCCUGAUGGCACUCAGGAACAGCCCCCAGCCUCUGCGCAGGACGGCCUCGGGUGGUCCAGGGGGCGGUGGAGGCAGCGAUGGCGGCCUCAGUCGCAGCACGUCUGUCACCUCUCACAUUUCCAAUGGCUCGCAUCUGUCCUACUCAUGA